AUGUUAUUUGGUUCUUGGCAGUUGAAAGCAGCUGUCAGCCUUUUAUUAUUGGCCACUAGUUGGGGACAAUAUCUAACACGUACUUGUGAAAGGGCCCAGUGCUAUGAUAGGGCCUACGAUUUACGUUACGGAUUAAAUUGGCAACGUUCCUCAUCCUCCUCUGCAGCACUUAUUGGCAAUGAAAACCAUGAAUUUGAAAAACAUAUCAAUGAAAUAGGACAACGUGAAGAAAUCAAUUAUACGCGUUCGCGUGAGUUACAACGCCAUAACUUUUUGGAGCGACGAAAUGAAGGUGACCGAAUGGUAGGAGAUCGAGAAGUGCGAAGAGAAACUCGUGAAACUUCAAUGAGAAGGGAACAGCGAGAAACUCGUGAACCACAAAGUGAACAAGGACUCGCUCAUCUCAGAGAAACUCGUCGUUACGCCGUCAAAGAGAUGCGUGAAGUCCGUCACCGACGUGAUGAAAAUAAAUUGGAAACCCGUGAGCCAAACAGACGUGAGAGGGCAGAUAGCCACCAAAGGAAUACCGAACUCAACUUUAAGGAUGCUGAAACUGAGAGGAUUAAUGAGGUAAGAGAGCAACGCCAGGAUAAUGGACGCAUGGAAGAAGAACGCAGUGAAGAAGGCUCACGACAAACUCAAAGGACUCGGGAAAUCCGAGAACGAGAAUCUGAUAAAAUCGCACGAGAAAUCCAUGAGAGACGCAAUGAACAAGACUCCCGUCGUAUCAACGAAGUAGAGUCUGAGAGGAAUCGUGAAACUCGGGUGAAGAGCGGAGGUGCUAGUCGAUCUAAUGAAGUCGAAUUUGAGCGGGUACGUGAAGUCCGAGAGAGGCGAGAACGAACAGAGCGUAACGAACAAGAAGCACGAGGAUCUAACGGAGCUGAAUCUGAGAGGUCUGAUAUUAUCACACAGGUAAUACGUGAGAGAUGCAAUGAUCAAGACACCCGCCGUAUCAACCAAGUGGAAUCGGAGAGGAUUCGUGAAACUCCUAGAAGUCGAGAAGACAUCACUGACAAUAAACGAGAUGCCAAUCGGUUUAACGAAGUUGAAUCUGAGAGGAUUCGAGAAGUUCGAGAAAGGCGAGAGCAAACAGACCGCAACGGACGAGAAGCACGACGAUCCAUCGAAGCUGGAACUGAGAGGUCUCGAGAAAUUCGAGAACAAGAAUUUGACAUAAAUACCCGACAAGAAGAAAUCCAUCACAAUCAUCGCCGCCAAACCAAUGAAGCUGACUCUAAAAGUAACCGGGAAACUCGAGUAAGGAGUGAAGACAGCCGUUACAAUCAAAGAGAUGCCAGUCGUUCUAAUGAAGUCGAAUUUGAAAGGGUACGUGAAAUCCGAGAGAGGCGAGAACAAAGAGAGCAAUCUGAAUCUGAGAGGUCUCGAGAACGACGAGAGCGAGAAUCUGAUAUAAUUACACGGGAAAUCCGGGAGAGACGCAAUGACCAAGACACCCGCCGUAUCAACCAAGUUGAAUUGGAGAGGAUUCGAGAUGCCAAUCAGUCCUUCGAAGUUGAAUCUGAAAGGAUACGGGAAGUCCAAGAAAGGCGAGAGCAAACAAACCGCAACGGACGAGAAGCACGGCGAUCCAACGAAGCUGAAACUGAGAGGUCUCGAGAAAUUCGAGAACGACGAGAACAAGAAUCUGACAUAGAUGCCCGCGAAAUCCGUGACCGACGAGAUGAAAACAAUCGCAAUCAUCGCCGCCAAACCAAUGAAGUUAACUCUGUAAGUAUCCGAGAAACUCGAAUGGAGCGUGAAGACAGCCGUUACAAUCAACGAGAUGCCAGUCGGUCUAAUGAAGUCGAAUUUGAGAGGGUACGUCAAAUCCGAGAGAGGCGAGAACAAACAGAGCGCAACGAACGAGAAACACAACGAUCCAAUGAAGCUGGAACUGAGAGGUCUCGAGAAAUUCGAGAAACACGACAACAAGAAUCUGACAUAGUUACCCGCGAAAUACCUGACCGACAAGAUGAAAUCCAUCGCAAUCAUCGCCGCCAAACUGAUGAAGCUGACUCUGAAAGUAACCGUGAAACUCGAGUUAGGAGUGAAGACAUCCGUUACAAUCAAAGAGAUGCCAGUCGGUCUAAUGAAGGCGAAGUUGAGAGGAUUCGCGAAGUUCGAGAGAGGCGAGAAAGAACAGAGCGUAACGAGCGAGAAGCUCGAGCAUCUGACAAAGCUGAAGCUGAGAGGUUUCGAGAUUCUGAUAGAAUCACACGGGAAAUCCGGGAGAGACGCAAUGAUCCAGACACCCGCCGUAUCAAUCAAGUUGAAAUGAAGAGGAUUCGUGAGACUCGAGAAAUUCGUAAAGAUAGCCCUGCCAAUAAACGAGAUGCCAAUCGGUUUAACGAAGUUGAAUCUGAGAGGAUACGGGAAGUCCAAGAAAGGCGAGAGCAAACAGACCGCGAUGGACAAGAAGAACGGCGAUCCAACGAAGCUGGAACUGAGAGGUCUCGGGAAAUUCGAGAACAAGAAUCUGACAUAGAUGCCCGCGAAAUCCGUGACCGACGAGAUGAAAACAAUCGCAAUCAUCGCCGCCUAACCAAUGAAGCUAACUCUGAAAGUAUCCGUGAAACUCGAAUGGAGCGUGAAGACGACCGAUAUAAUCAACGAGAUGCCAGUCGUUCUAAUGAAGUCGAAUUGGAGAGGGUACGUGAAAUCCGAGAGAGGCGAGAACAAAGAGAGCAAUCUGAAUCUGAGAGGUCUCGAGAACGACGAGAGCGAGAAUCUGAUAUAAUUACACGGGAAAUCCGGGAGAGACGCAAUGACCAAGACACCCGCCGUAUCUACCAAGUUGAAUUGGAGAGGAUUCGUGAAACUCGAGAAAUUCGUAAAGACAGCCCUGCCAAUAAACGAGAUGCCAAUCGCUCCUUCGAAGUUGAAUCUGAGAUGAUACGGGAAGUCCAAGAAAGGCGAGAGCAAACAAAGCGCAACGGACGAGAAGCACGGCGAUCCAAUGAAGCUGGAACUGAGAGGUCUCGAGAAAUUCGAGAACGACGAGAACAAGAAUCUGACAUAGAUGCCCGCGAAAUCCGUGACCGACGAGAUGAAAACAAUCGCAAUCAUCGCCACCUAACCAAUGAAGCUAACUCUGAAGGUAUCCGUGAAACUCAAAUGGAGCGUGAAGACAGCCGAUACAAUCAACGAGAUGCCAGUCGGUCUAAUGAAGUCGAAUUUGAGAGGGCACGUGAAAUACGAGAGAGGCGAGAACAAACAGAGCAAGCUGAAGAUGAGAGGUCUCGAGAACGACGAGAGCGAGAAUCUGAUAUAAUUACACGGGAAAUCCGGGAGAGACGCAAUGACCAAGACACCCGCUGUAUCAACCAAGUUGAAUUGGAGAGGAUUCGUGAAACUCGAGAAAUUCGUAAAGAGAGCCCUGCCAAUAAACGAGAUGCCAAUCGCUCCUUCGAAGUUGAAUCUGAGAGGAUACGGGAAGUCCAAGAAAGGCAAGAGCAAACAAACCGCAACGGAAGAGAAGCACGGCGAUCCAACGAAGCUGGAACUGAGAGGUCUCGAGAAAUUCGAGAACAAGAAUCUGAUAUAGAUGCCCGCGAAAUCCGUGACCGACGAGAUGAAAUCGACAAUCAUCGCCGCCAAACCAAUGAAGCUACCUCUGAAGGUAUCCGUGAAACUCAAAUGGAGCGUGAAGACAGCCGAUACAAUCAACGAGAUGCCAGUCGGUCUAAUAAAGUCGAAUUUGAGAGGGCACGUGAAAUACGAGAGAGAGAACAAACAGAGCGCAACGAACAAGAAGCCCGAGGAUCCAAAGAAACUGAAUCUGAGAGGUCUCGAGAACGAAGAGAGCGAGAAUCUGAUAUAAUCACACGGGAAAUCCGAGAGAGACGCAAUGACCAAGACUCCCGCCGUAUCAACCAAUUUGAAUCGGAGUGGAUUCGUGAAUCUCGAGAAAUGCGUGAAGACAGCCCUAACAAUAAACCAGAUGCCAAUCGGUCUAACGAAGUUGAAUCUGAGAGGAUUCGGGAAUUCAGAGAAAGGAGAGAGCAAAUGAAGCACAACGAACGAGAAGCGAGCCGAUCCAACGCAGCUGAGAGGUCUCGAGAACGACGUGAACAAGAAUCUAACAUAUUUACCCGCGAAAUCCGUGACCGACGAGAUGAAAACAAUCGUAGUCAACGAAACAACGAAGUCAAUUCUGAGAGGAAUCGUGAAACUCGAGUAAGCCGUGACAAUCGAGGAGAUGCCAAUCGGUCUAAGGGAGUGAAUUUUGAGAGGGUUCAAGAAGUCCAAGAAAGGCGAAACCAAAUGGAACACAGCGAACGAGAAUCACAACGAUCCAACGCAGCUGAAUCUGAGAGGUCUCGAGAAAUACAAGAACGACGAGCUCAAGAAUCUGACAUAACCAACCGUGAGGUCCGCGAGCGACGAGAUGAAAACAAUGGUAGCCAACGAAUCAACAAUAUAAUUUCUGAGACGAUUCGUGAAACUCAAAUAAGGCGAGAAGACAACCGUGAAAAUCAACGCGAUUCCAGUCUCUCUAACGAAAUCGAAUCUGAGAGAAUUCGGGAUGUCCGAGAAAGGCAAGAGCGCAGCGAACGGGAAGCACGACGAUCCAACGAGCCUGGAACUAUGAGGUCAGAACUCCGACGAGAGCGAGAAUCUGACGGUGUUACCCGGGAGAUCCGUGACCGACGAGAUGUUAACAAUCGUAGCCAACGAAACAAAGAAGUCUAUUCUGAGAGGAUUCGAGAAAGUCGUGAAGACUAUCAACGGGAAGCCAGAGGCUCCAGCGAAAUCGAGUUUGAGAGGAUUCGUGAAGUCCGUGAUAGGCAAGAGCAAAGAGAGCGCAACGAUCAACGAUCAAACAAAGCUGAAACCGAAAGGACACACGAAGUUCGUGAGCGACGUGAGCACGAAUCCGACUUUAUUACUCGCGAGGUCCGUGAUGUCAGCCGCCAAAUCAACGAAAUAGAGUCUGAGAGGAUCCGGGAAAUAAGAGAACGUCGUGAAGACAGCCGCAGCAAUCAACGAGAUGCCAAUCGAUCUGAUGGAAUUGAGUCUGUGGGGAUUCGUGAAGUCCAAGAAAGGCGAGAGCAAAGAGAGCGCAACGAGCGAGAGGCACGCCUAUCUAACAAAGCCGAAACUGAAACGUCUCGUGAAAUUAGAGAACAACGUGAACAGGAAUCUGCUGUAAACACUCGGGAAGUUCGAGAGAGGCAAGAUAAUCGUGAAACCCGCCUACGAAACAACCAAAGCGUAUCUGAGAGGAUUCGUGAAAAUCGAGAACGGCGUGAAGGCAGCGGUAACAAUCAACGAGAUGUCAAUCGUUCCAAUGAAAUUGAACCUGAGAGGAUUCUUGAAGUCCGAGAAAGGCAAGAGCAAAGACAACACAACGAGCGUGAGACGCGUCGAUCUAACAAAGCUGAGCUAGAGAGAUCUCGUGAAACAAAAGAACGACGUGAGAGGGAAUCCGUCAUAAUUACCCGCGAGAUCCGUGACCGACAAGAUGAAAACAAUCGCAAUGGUCUUGAUACCAGCCAACGAAUCAACGAAAUCGAAUCUGAGAGGAUUCGUGAAAGACUUGACCGGCGAUCUAGGGAAGCUGACUCUGAGAGAGAUCAUAAUAUUGAAGAACGACGUGAGCGAGAAUUGGGCAUAGUCAAUCGUGAGGUCCGUGAAAGGCGAGACGAAAUGAAUCGCAAUAAACAAGACUACCGCCGUCAAACUAUCCGCCAAGAAAUUCGAAGUGAAAUUCGAAGAGAACAGAAUGACAACUAUGAACGAGACUUACAGCGCUCCCGAGAAGUCGAAUAUGAGAGGAUUCGUGAAGAAAGGCAACGACGAGUCGAAGAUAGAGAACAAAGGGAGAAAGACGAACAAAAUUUGCGUAUAACUCGACGACAAGAAAGCCGACAAGAACAAGAGCGACGCGAAGAAAGCAUUGCAAGAGAAUCUCGAUUACCAGAAGUUAGUGAACGACGGGAUAAACAUCGUCGAGAUUUGGGAGAUCGCAACAUGCGAGAGAGUCACGAAGUCCUACAGAGUGUUGAAAAACAGAAUCGCAAUGAACAAGUUAAUCAACGAGACGCUGAAUCAAUGGAAAGAAAUGAGGUAAGAGAGCGACGCGAUGAAAAUCGACGAGAGAAAGAACAACGACAAGAAAGAGAAAGUCGGCGAUUAAACUCUGAAAUAAAUCGCGGUGUUGAAGAACGCAUCGAAAAUCACAAUGAACGAAUUUCACGCCAAUCCAGAGCCAUUGGAGCUGAACGAGAUUCUCGUAGAAUUCGACUAGAUGUAAAUAGACGAGCGAGUGAAGACCGAAAUGAACGAGAAACUCAUAUGAAUGAAGAUCAGGAACAUGUUUCCCGCCAAUCUAGAGCUUUUGAAUCUGAAAAUAUUCGUGAAGUACGAGAACGACGUGAAGGCAACGGACGAGAAAGGGAAACCCGAAAUGUAAGAGAACUUCGUAACAGCGAAACUCGAGACCGACUUGAGCAUGGUAAACAAGUAGAUCUCAAUGAACAAGUUUCACGCCAAUCAAGGGACUUUGAAUCUGAAAAUAUUCCUGAAGUACGAGAAAGACGUGAAUCAUUGCGAGAAAACGAAGGCCGAAAUGAACGAGAAAUUCGAAUUAGAGAAGCUCGAGAGAGACCCCAAUCCAGAGCCAUUGUAUCCGAAAAUAUUCCUGAAGUACGAGAACGGCAAGAGAGCUACGAACGUGAAAGGGAAUCACUAAAUGAACGGGACUAUCGCACCAGCGAAAACCAAAAUCGACGAGGAAUUCACAGCGAACGAGUUUUACGCCAAGUUCGAGAACGGCGAGAUGACAUUAGACGACUAAGCGUUAACCGAAAUCAACGGGAAACUCGAAAACGAGUUGCACGCCAAUCUGAAAAUAUUCGUGAAGUUCGUGAAGACCAAAAUGAACGAGAAAUUCUUUCCAGCGAAUCUCGGGAACGGGACUCUCGACGCAAUGUAAAUAAACGAGAGAGGGAAGGCCGUAACGAAGGCCAAACUCGACGUGUUGACUUUGAAGUGAUCCGAGAAGAUAUACGCCGCAGCGAAGAUAGUAAUGAUCGAGACUCAAUGAGAUCUAGGGAAGACGAGAGGGACAGCCUCAAUGAACGCAAAGCUCGACGAUUUGAAGAAGCAAGAGUUCAACGAGAUACUCGGCGAUCCAGCUCUGAGAUACGUCGUGAAGCAAGAGAGCGACGUGAAGAAGCAGAAAGACAUAAGGUAGAAGAACGAAUUGAACGAGAGACUCGACGAUCCAACUCUGAGGUGCUACGUGAUGCGAGAGAGCGACGGGAGGAAGGCGAACGAAUUGAACGAGACAUUCGACGAUCAAGUCAAGCUAAUCAGCUGGUGCGCAAUCGCGAAGUUCGGGAGCGACGCAGUGAAAAUGGGUUUGAUGAACGGGAAAUUCGAGGCAAUGAAAUAAGAUCCGAUGAACGGGAAAAUCUGGCUGUUCGAGAACGACGGGACCAUGAAAUUAAAAUCAAAAAAGUACGUGAAGUACGAGACUCACGACAAUCCAAAAUGUUUGAUUCUGAAGAAGCUCGUGAACGACUUGAUGAACGAAACUUACCACGAUCCAAUGAGUUCGAAUCUGCAGAGAUGCGAGAACGGCGUGAUGGAUUGACAUACCGAAAUGGUACAGAUCUGAGAGAAAUCGAGAAGCCAGGGAAAAUCGCGAGGAAUCUAAUCGUAGAGAACGAAUUGUGGCAGCUCUGA